GGACGGGCGAGGCAGACGAGGCGUGAUGUCCUCUGCUUUUGGGCCCUUUUUAGAGAAUCAGGCGGAUCGAUUUCAACUCAAAGCUGGACAACGAUGGUGCCUGUAGCGGUUCCUGCAGGCGAUGGCCCGUCAGAACACGGCCCUCCUUCUGAGGCAGCAAGCAUCCCUCCCGCAUCUAUUGCAGUCCCAAGCAGUGCCCAGAAGAAUGUCGGGACGGCAGAUGGGGCGGCAGGCCGGCCGCCGGGACCACCAUCAUCUCCAUCUGCAUCUUCAUCGAUGGCUGCCAAGGGUGUGGAGAAGGAGGUGGAAGUGAGUGGGGUUCAGAGUCGGUUGCGAGUCUACGAAACGGAGGAAGACCCGCCUGACGGCAUGUCCGAUCUUGAGGUCACCACACACCGAUGCACCAAGGCCCUAUACAUCAUGCCUACCUUGUGGCGUGUGAGUGUGUGUGUUUAGGUGGAUGUGUACGAGACGAUCAAGACGAUUCGCGACCCCGAGUUUCCCUACACCUUGGGCCAGCUGCGCGUCAUCACCCCCGACGGCGUGCAGGUGCACGAGAAGCCCGGCCUCACCCCACUCAUCACCGUCACCUUCAGACCCACCGUCGCCCACUGUGCUAUGGCGCAACAAAUCGGUACGCUCGGCCCGGGGCCGAUGGAUGUGGGGCCUGUCUGUCUGUGGAAGAGCAGGUGUGUGUGUGCAGGUUUGUGUAUCCGGUCGAAGCUGGAGAGAGAGUUUGGACAUGACAGGUGAGGGAGGGAGUGGAGUGGAAAGGCGAGGCACCCAUGGCGCGACGAGCAAUGUGUGUGCCGUGUCUGUCGUCGGUCAGGUACAAGAUCGACAUCUUCGUUGCAGAGGGCUCCCACAACGACAGCGCUGGCAUCACCAAACAGAUCAACGUAAGGACCAACGCCCACCUUCUCUCGCUCUGUGGGCUCACUGUGAGUGUUGCUGGCUGUGUGUGUGUGUGUGUGUGUUGGAUGUCAGGACAAGGAGCGCGUGUCGGCUGCCCUGGAGAAUCCCAUGAUUGUCAAGAUGGUCCGGGCGGCCAUCGAAGACCCCUACUGACUGGCUGACCGAUAGCGGGCCAGCCGUGUGCGUGGAGCGAGGGAUGAUUUGAUUGGUUAACGGCCAGAGCUGGUUUUUUGAGGGGGACAUACAUGGACAUUUCAUGCAGGCAGGCAGGCAUGUAGGCAGGCGAGCUGUUUUUGGGUGGCGAUUGUGGCGCCUUGCCUGCCAUAUUGGGUUGCAUUGAGUUGAGUUGAGUGAGAGGGGUGCUGAGCUGUGCUGGGAGGGAGGGAGGCCCAGUGUAGUGUACAUCACGGGGGGAUGUCUGUGGGGCAUUGCAUUGAUCACCGACGGAUGGAUGGAUGGAUGGAUGUACAUGCCAUGCCGGUCGGGUCGGCUGGUGGAGAAGAGAUGAGACACACUGCGGCGCACGUGUGUGUGGAUUUGCAGUAAAGGGUUGGUUGGCUGGUUGGUUGGUC